GGGUGAGAUGAUGUGGACACGCACAACCCACUUUUUGGCAUCAUCUCCGGACGACAGCGGCUACAACCUGUGGGAAGAUAAGCUGUGUCAGCCGACUAACAGCAAGGGCUGGAUGCGAACCCGGGUGCUAGGGUACAGCCCGCCAAUCAACACAUCUCUGUUGGGGUGGGAUCGGCCAAUCAAAGGGUCCUUGAUAGAAGGCGGAGCCUGCCAACCAAAGGCUGUCCCUAGGAAGAGGCAGAAACCACGAAUCUACUAAACGGGGUGGGGGUGCAGGGGCGCGUGGUGAUGGGGGAUGCACUGCGCUUGCGGUUCAGCAUCCAUUUCCUCGGGUUCUUCAUUUCCUCUGGGCCUGCAAGACAAAUACCCAGGGCCCGGACCACAGCCGAGGGGAAUUAAGACAGGGAGGUGAACCUGGGAGGCUGCCUGGCAGAGGUGGCGCCAGCUGCCAGUGGGUGGAGCCUCGUAGCCCUGCCCUGUAGCCCCGCCCCCGCCCUGUCGCUCAACUGGGCUCUAGCCAAGCGCGCAGCAUCCAGCGCUGCGGCUCCGGGCUAUGGACGCCCCGGGUGCUCCGGCCCCAGCCGCCGCCCCCAGCUCGGCGAGGAAGGAGCUGAAGAUAGUGAUCGUAGGUGACGGCGGCUGCGGCAAGACGUCCCUGCUAAUGGUGUACUGCCAAGGUUCAUUUCCCGAGCACUAUGCCCCGUCGGUGUUUGAGAAGUACACGGCUAGUGUGACAGUGGGUAACAAGGAGGUGACCCUGAACCUCUACGACACGGCCGGGCAGGAAGACUAUGACCGGCUGCGCCCGCUGUCCUACCAGAACACACACCUCGUUCUCAUCUGCUAUGACGUCAUGAACCCCACCAGUUACGACAACGUCCUCAUCAAGUGGUUCCCUGAAGUCACGCAUUUCUGCCGAGGGAUCCCCAUGGUGCUCAUCGGCUGCAAGACGGACCUGAGGAAGGACAAGGAGCAGCUGCGGAAGCUCCGGGCAGCCCAGCUGGAGCCCAUUACCUACACACAGGGCCUGAGUGCCUGUGAACAGAUGCGAGGCGCACUCUAUCUGGAAUGUUCUGCCAAGUUUCGGGAGAAUGUGGAAGAUGUCUUCAGGGAAGCCACCAAGGUGGCCCUCAGCGCCCUGAAGAAAGCACAGAGGCAGAAAAAACAGAGGAUCUGCCUGCUGCUGUGACCCUAGGGGCGGAGGGCCUGAGUGGAACUAACAUAGCGGGGGACCCAGGCCCAGGCUCCUUCCGAGGCUCUGCCCCAGCACAGCCUCCCAGUGUCUGGCAUCUGGGGCUAGACGCUCAGAACAUUCUGGAAUGGCACCCCUUGGGUUCAGGCUGCAGUGCACUGGUGAAUGAGGGCGCCAGACCCACCAAUGUUCCUCUACCCUGGGACUGGCACUUGUCCCAGGCCACAGAGGCGCCCUUGUCACAGCUCCACUUUGCCCCAAGCCAUGCGUGUCUCCCUUUCCAAACCCAACUCACGCCUGAAACUCAGAACGGCACUGAGAGCUGUGGGUAAACACGGAUGUGCAACGCGGUUCACGAGAGUCCCGAGCCCAAUGUUUCUGUCACUGUCUCCCUGAGCUCCUGAGAUAGGCUGGGCUACAUCCUCCAGCCUCUUCCUGCUUCCCUCAGGAACCUGGGGACCACAGCCUAUCAGGAGAACACAGGCUUCAAGCCGGACAUGGGGCUGGCACCAGCCUCUCUCUUCCUACCACACUGAGGACUUCUGUCUCAGGCUUGGUCACAGUCUGAGACACAUGUUCAGAGGGAGAAGAAACAACCUGUCAAAGCGUCAAAAUAGACUCGGGCCAGCCAGCCCACCCAUCUGAUCCCUGUUCCAGGUCUGAUCUCCAACCCCCUCCCCCACAGCCAGCUUCCAUUGGAAACUCCUAAUGGUCAGUGCGUGUCCUACCUUUAGGGGCCUCAGGCAAAUGGGCUCUCUCCCUAGACUAUGGCCCACCUGUAAAGGCCAGGUUUGGGCUAUUUAGAUAGUCAAGCUUCUCGCCACCUGACUCCAUUUCUGCUUCUACUGGGUGUGGAGCUCAGGAGUGGACUACCUCUGCCUCCUUCCAGAACUGACAUGGCCACCCCCGCCCACGCUGGACAGUUUCUCAGAACUAGCCUGCUGACCACCAGUGUCUGACCACGUUCUGGAAGGUCUAGAGUCUGCCUUUCAGAACUGUUCAAGCCCAGUGUACCAGGUAGGUUUAGUGCAUCCAAGAUGGAAGGCACCAUCUGAGAAGCCGACACGAUCUUGGCUGGCCUGUCUGCUACAGCGCCACUUGACUUGGCCCCCGGAGUCAGACUGCCAAGGAAAGAAACUUCCGGCCCCCUUCCCCAAAUGCUCCAAGGCCCUGCUGUCCCCUGUGGAACCAACCAAGACCUCGUGAUCUCUCAGAAUCGAUGGCCUUGUGGACAGAUUGUGGUGUAUACAGCAGCAGUCAGCAAACCACAGCCUGUGGGCCGCAUGUGGCCGCUGCCUGUUCUUGUAAAUAAAGUUUUAUUGAACAGCC